AUGGAGGCAGGACCCUUUCACUUGGCCCUAGUCCUAGCUUUCCUCGGGGACACGGACAAAGAGGUGAACGUUCCUAAAACCCGCCGGACUUUCUGUAAGAAAUGUGGCAAGCAUCAGCCUCACAAAGUUACACAGUACAAGAAGGGCAAGGAUUCUCUGUAUGCCCAGGGAAAAAGGCGUUAUGACAGGAAGCAGAGUGGCUAUGGUGGACAAACUAAGCCAAUUUUUAGGAAGAAGGCUAAAACUACAAAGAAGAUUGUGCUGAGGCUUGAAUGUGUUGAGCCCAACUGCAGAUCUAAGAGAAUGUUGGCUAUUAAGAGAUGCAAGCACUUUGAACUUGGAGGAGAUAAGAAACGAAAGGGUCAAGUAAUCCAGUUCUAACUUCAUCUUGGAUUUACUAUGAAGACAAUUAAAUCUUGAUGCUUUGUUCACUCAUUUGGCUGUAGUUGGUCAUUUGAAAGGGGAAAUAAAAUAGCACCAUCAAUAUGG